UGAGGCUUUCCAAGACGAUGAGAGGGGAUAAAGAGCCUGUUCGUUUUCUCGUAACCGCUCAACGAAUCAAACUGUUCCCUAAAAAAUAAGACGUGUCGGUUUGAGAGAACGAUGACGUCGUCCGAGGAGCAAGUUAGUCACGCGGCAGGGAACAAACGACGACAGCAGGACGCUAUUCUCUUCGCUCCCAGCGGGUCCCACGCUGAAGAAGUCCAGCGGCUGAUUGUGGGGGGCUUCACUUCGGUGCAGGAGCUGCAUGCCUUUGUUAAGGAGGAAGAGGGCGAUCUUCAGCACGCCUACAUCAAAGAGGAAGAAGAAGAUGUCAACGUUAGUGGGUCGCCGCUGACUGUCGUCGUCGUAAAGGGCCAAGACGACGAAGACAAAGAAGCGAUCGACCGCCACACUCCGAGCGGAGACAACGGCGGCGGACCGUACAUCGCAGCUCCGCUCUCACAAAGCGAUGACACGGAAGACACCAGCGAGUCAGAGCAAGAAAGUGAUACACACUUGAAACGCUCACAAAAGGAGACGGGUCCAGACAACGGGAAUUCUUCUCAAUCGCGCAUGAGGCGUGGAACGCGGAACCACCGUUUCAACUGCUCGGUUUGCAGCAAAAGGUUUCCUUACGAGAGCAGUUUGAAUGAACACAUGCAGAUGCACACGGGAGAAAAACCCUUUAGUUGCUCAGUUUGCGGUAAAAGUUUUUCAAGGAAAGGAAAUAUGAAUGUUCACAUGAGAAGCCACACAGGAGAAAAACCUUUCAGUUGCUCAACAUGCGGCGAUGAAUUUGCUCAGAAGGCCUCUUUGGUGGCGCACGUGACGACGCACAGGGGAGAAAAACCAUUCACUUGCUCCCUUUGUGGCAAAAGCCUGUCUUACAAGCAUGGGUUGAAAUCUCACAUGCUGACGCACAUGGGAGAAAAACCCUUUCGAUGCGCCGUGUGCGGCGACGGCUUCUCUUACAAGCAGAGUUUGAAUUUACACAUGAGAAGACACACGGGAGAAAACACUUUCACGUGCUCAGUUUGUGCGAAAUGUUUUCAUGAUGAGCACAGUUUGAAAGUACACACACAGACGCACACGGGGGAAAAGGCCUUCAUCUGUUCCAUUUGUGGCGAAGGUUUUUCUCGAAAAGGAAACAUGAACGUACAUAUGAGAAGGCACACGGGAGAAAAACCUUUCACUUGCCCAGUUUGUGGCGAUAAAUUUGCUCAGAAGGUCUCUUUAGUUGCGCACGCAGCGACGCACACGGGACAAAAACCUUUCACCUGCCCAGUUUGUGCAAAGAGCUUUUCUUAUAAGCACGGUCUGAAAUUACACAUGCAGACACACACGGGGGAAAAAACAUUUCAGUGCUCAGUUUGUGGUGACAGUUUUUCUUAUAAGCACAGUUUGAACAUACACAUGAGAAGACACACAGGAGAGAAACCUUUCCCUUGCUCCGUUUGCGGGAAAAGCUUUUCGCAUAAGCACGGCUUGAGAGCACACAUGUGGACCCACACGGGAGAAAGGCCUUUUGGUUGCUCAAUAUGUGGUAAAAGCUUUCAUAACAACUAUGACUUGAAUCUACACGAGAGAACGCACACGGAAGAAAAACCUUUCGGUUGUUCUGUUUGUGGCAAAAAGUUUGCCACCAAGCAAAACAUGAUUCGACACGUGAGAAGGCACUCGGGAGAAAAACCUUUCGCUUGCUCACUUUGUCACAAAAGCUUUUGCAGUAAGUCCGAUUUGAAAAGACACGAGAACACACACGUGAGAAAAAGCAUUAUAGUUGCUCAAGUUGUGACAAAAUAACACGCAGGGAAGAUGAUGAAGCUACUCUGCAAUUCCAAUUGGAAUGUGCACCUGCAGAAACACAACAGAGCGAAUGGUGGGCAGGAUUUGCCGGAAACCAUCUCAUCUAGGCCUUGGUGGAAGGUGGAAACCUUGGAAACGUGCCAAGUGCAAGCGCUCACUGCGUAGGCUGAGUGACGGCCACAAGAAAAGUGUCUCCACUGCUACGCAAAGCAACCUGUUAAACUCCCAUGGAUAACAAGGUGCCAAGUGCCUUGUUAGCUCUCUGAGCAAAAUCCCUGAUUUGUCUUUGUGGGUGGUUCACGGGCAGAGAGGUGGAUCUCUCUCAAAGUGCUUCUUCUGGCUUUGUUUCUUCUCUCGCUAACGAAAAAAAAAAGAAUGCUUGUCGAAACCAGAUGCUUCAUUUCUUCAUUUCACAAGGACAAACAAGUUGCCACAAUGUGUGCAGCCUUCAUAUUCAUUCCAAGAAAAUGGAGACAUCAUUCACUAUUUUACGAAUGUAAUCUGCUCCAGUGUUUUGUAAAUAAAGUUUCUUUUGAAAAGACU